AUGGAACCCACACCGAUGCUAUGGAACUUUGGUAAGGGUUUUCGCAGUCAUUAUAUUUUUUUAUGAAUUAAAAAAAUAUCACGUAUUUUACAGAUUUUACUUUCGAUUUAUUUUCAAAAAUUUUUGGAAAGUUUUUUCGAAAAAAAAAAUAAAAUUUUUUCGUAUAAAAUGUCACUGUUUGACAAGACUUUCAAAUAUAAUUUUUGUUUCUUGGGCGUAUUUUACAAUAUUUAUGGCAAAUCCUUGUUUUUACGACACUUUUUUUAACAGUUUUGCGAAGCUCUCCUUUGGAAAAUUUUUUGCGUAUAACUUGUCACCUUCAAGAGAUUUCUGAAAAACUAAAGAAGUAUAGGCAGACUGUCCUUCUCCAUUAUCAUAUUCUAGUAGAACUUUGAAAUAAUAUUGUCACUAUGACAUAUUUUUUGGAGUUUCUUUACAAGCUCCUUUUUUAAAAGGAAAUUUUAGUUUUUUGCGUAUAAAAUGUCACCUUUUUGGUAUUUUGCAGUGAUUUUUUUCCUGUAGGAAGACUGUUAUUCCUGUUGUCAGACGGUAGUAUAAUUUUAUAAUUUUAUUGUCAGCAUGACAUAUUUUUUGGGCAUUUUUUGAAGAGAGGUGUUUUGAAGCAAAUUUUUAUUUUUUUGCGUAUAAAAUGUCGCUCAAUCAAGAUUUUCAAAUUGUUGUGAUUAAGAUGACGAGAAAAUGCCGCAUUCGUCAUAAUUAUGUCAUUACGACAUUUUUUCGCAUUAAAAAUUUUCGAAAAUCGAGUCAUUUUCCGAAAUCCCAUCAGAUCCGCUAAAGCCGUCUAAUUAUUUCGCCCAAAACUCGCGAUUUAAUUGGUUGCACUUUUACGAACCCCCUCUCUUCUUUGACGUUUCGAACAGUGUUAUCAGCGGGCGGAUAUUCCAGUUCCAUGCGAUCGAAAGCGAGCCUUUCGUUUUCUUUCGCCCCUCUCCUCGGGGCGCACGCUCUGUUCGCGGCGGACCACCAACGUCGAAAAUGCAAAGAGGGUGUUGUUAAGUCGAGAGUUUUGACAAUCACUCGGAUGUUUCCGGGAAGAGACAACAAAAAUACACCCCAAUAUUAUCCAUGGGGUUUGGGGAUGCGAAAAUUGGCGAAAGUCUUGGAAAAAUGAGGAAAAUCAUUAAAAAAUCAUUAAUUAAGAUAUGAAAAAUGUUGUGAAAUUAAACUACAGUAAAUUUUACACUAUCUAAAAAUCAAAUUUUUUUGUGUUUUUAACAUUUUCUUACUGUAAUCUGCAAAAAAAAAUUUAUCAAAUUUUUUGAUUUUUUUUGCAAAAUUAUGUAAUUUUUCACUAUGAUGGCGGCGUAUUUUAGGCCUAUUUUUCAUCAUAAACCCAUUUAAAUUCUUUUGUACCCCUUAAUACUACUGUAACAUAAAAAAAAAUUUUCAAAUUUUUUCAAAAUUUUCUCCAAAAAAUCAUGUUUCAUCCCAGCAUGAACUCCACAAUGUGUCCUCAUCAAAUUUAGGGCAUGCAUAAUGUCUAGCCACCCUUAUUUUUGUCCGACAAGUACAUUCUUCGCCCUAAUCCAAAGGCUAGACGGUUAUUUUCCGCAAAAGAAUUUUUAUUUUUGGCCUAAAGUCCCACCGUAUCCGAACUUUUUUUCGCACAGAUCUUCGUCUCGUCAAAAGUUUCUUUUCCCCGGCCGAAAUUCGUCGCACAGAAAAAAAAUUUUUCGUUCGACGUCAAAACUUGGGAAUAUUUGUCCUUUGUUGACAAAACGAACAGAGAAAGAGAAAAUUUCUGAAAUCCGAGAGUGGCCUGGAGACAUGAAAAGUCUAUGAGGCCUAUGUUUCAUGGAUUAUAAUGGAUGUGAAACUGAUUUUUUGAAGGAAUUUUGAAGAGAGAUCAACGUAGAGGGUCAUGGACAAUAUAAUCGAAAUUUCUGAUGUUUUGACAUAAAUUGAUUAUGAUUUUCAGUCUUAGGAGGCACCAAAUUUCCUGAUUGUUCAUACGAAAAUCAUUUUUAUAAAAAAAUCCGUCAUUAUGACCGAUUUUUCGGGGAAAGUUUGAUGUCAUCUAUUUUGAGGGUCAUGGAUGAUAUUUUUGAUAUUUAAGGUUAAAAAUGGCCAUGUAUCUAACGGAUUUUGUCUGUUUCUAACACCCAAUGUCAUAGUUGAAAAUUAGACACAUAACUUUUUGCAAACCUUUGUCAUCAUGACCGAUUUUUUGGACAAAUUCCGCCAGCCUCCACAUCUAAAGGUCAUGUGCAAGAUCAUGCUAUUUUUAACGCAAAUCCGAGCCGACAUGCUAUUUAGGACUUAUUCGAAGGACAUUUUUUUGUUGUCUCGUUGCUAUUUUUACACAAUUGGUCCAAACAAAUGUCUAGAAUUCUUUUUCCUUAGGCCAUAAACAAAAACAUUUGGCUUCGUUUGAACAGCCGCAUAAGGGCCGGCCUGGUAAACAAGCUGUCAUGAACAGAGCAUGGAUUUGAUUGAAGAGUGGGCUAGUUGUACGAUAGGUUAAAAAUUGAACUGAACAUUUUAUACGAUGAAAUGUGUUUCGAGGUUGGACAGGUUUUUUGCGUAUAAAAUGUCGCCGCUUGAGCGUUUUUUUGGUAAAAUGCGAUCUGCCUUGAUUCCCUUUGGUCGAUAAAAACAUAAAUUAAAAAAAAACAACUUCGGGUGGCAUCUUAUACGAUGAACUCUUUCCGACACGUUUUUUCGUAUAACUUGUGGUCCAUACGCCAUUUUUUUGUAAAAUACGCUUAAUCAAGAAAUGAUAAUAAUAUAGACAAUAUAAUAACCAAGAAACGUGCAAAAAGCUUCUGGCGACAUUUUAUACGAUCAAAACUUCCAAACACAUUCAAUCGUAUAAAACGUCCAAAAAACCUUUUGAAUCGAUUUUUAAAAGUACAAAGGGGUAAUUGCCCUCACAAAGACCAGAGACUGUCCCUGUCAUCGGCCUCCCGGUCCGACCAAAAGCCAUUUUUUGCGCAGCCGUUUUUUGUGAAAAAUAAAAAAUCGCUCUGGACUUUUGGUCUUUGCGAAAUUUGCGGCCGUAAAAUGUUGGGAACAUUUCUGAUUGCUAAAACAUUCUUAACGAUGAGAAAUCGGAAAUCCAUUCCCUUCGGAGAUUUAAAAUAUUGGACUUGCAGCCGAUCGAAAAGAUUGAUAAAUUAGUGCAUUAAACAAGUCAAUUAUAGUCAAAGCUAUAAUAGAGGAUGUUGCAGGAUACUUAGGAAAGAUUCUGAAGGCAUUUUGAAUUUACGGAUUACGGUAAUUUUUCGAGAUACCGCCGAUUUUACAAAAUUAGCCAAGAUUUUUGAGAUGGCCGGAAAAAAGUCGGGAUUACUGUAAUUUUUGCUAUUAUAUACCAUAAAAUCAACUCAUGAGAUAAUAGCACAGACCUUACAAAAGGCCUAAAGUAAUAAUUUGAUCCAUGGGUUACUGUAAUUUUUGAGUUUUGGAUCGUUUUCUAAAAGAAAGUCCAAGUUUUGAGGGUGACUCAAAAAAGCGUGGGAUUACUGUAAUUUUUUUCAAUUUUAAAAACAAGAAAUGUCAUUCUACGUCACCACUAACUCUUUGUGUUCACUGCAAGUACAAGAACACCAAUGUUCAGCCUCACAAUAAUCGUAUUUUUGUCGAAUUUCCUCAUAACCCGAGAAAAGCGAGAGUUUCCAAAGGAUUAGCGAGAAACAUCCAAAACGUACAGAAACUGAAACAUCAAAAAGUCUUGCAAUAUCCUACACUAUGCACUAUAACUUUUAACAACAAAACCUGCAAUAAUUUUGAAGUGUAAUGUGCGUAAUUUUUCAGAAGAAUUAGGCGAAUCGGACUCGCUGGGGACGAGUGCCGCAGGCUCCAAACAGGAUCCCAUCUCAUCGCUUCUAGCCAAUAUUGCCAGGGACCAGGCUGGUAGGUGGUUUGGGUGUUAACGUCACUGUUUUUUCACUUUAGUCCGUCAUUAUGACAUGUUUUUUGGAAUUGUUGGAAAUAUAGGGGCUUUUUGGGUUUUGAGAUUUUUAAGGAUUUUUCCGAUAAAAAAUCGGGAAAAUUCUCUUUGUAUAGGCUUCAGAGAUUCAUAUUUUACGCAUAUUACAAAAAAUUUGAGAAAAAAUCCGUCAUCAUGACGGAUUUUUUGGACGUUUUUUAAGGGGGUCUCAAGAAAUUAAACUUUUUAAAAUUCGUUGAAAAACUCGCUGAGGAUUGUGAGUUACAUCUUUUUCAAGCAAAUGACAGAGAAGUAUAUUCCGUAUUUUACCAAUAGAUAUCAAGAAAUCUAAAAAUUUCUUGGAUUUUCAACGAUUUUUCGGCCUUUUCCCCCACACCAUCACCCUGGCCUUUGGCCUCUCCUUUCGGACCUGAGCAAUGUCACAACUCGGGCCCUUGUGACGACUCCUUUCCCAACGAACAAAAGGGCAUCGCCUGGUGCCCUAAAAAGUGGAGAGCGGUCCCGAGUUUCGGCCGCUUUUCCGGGAGACCCGCUUUUUAUGCGAGUGAUCGGGCGAAAGUUCGGCGUUUUUUCCGGCGCUCUGCGGUCCUUCAUCAGCCCCCAAUUUAUCGACGGUUUCCUUGGAGGCCGAGGGCCGCGGAAGGGCGGGCUAUUUUUGGCGGUAGGAAAUGGGCCGUGAUUGGGACGAAAAGGAGGAAAAAGGAGGAAAAAUUGGGCAAAGGAUACUGUAUUUUUCGUCGGGAAGCCGAAAAUUUUUCACAAAAUACUUAAAAAUCUCUAAAAUUAAAAUUCCCACCUCAAAACCCCCUGUACCUCAAUGGCGCAGUGGAGUUGAAGAAAAAUUUUCACUCAAAAUGUCGCAAGUUCGAGUCCCGGUGGAGCAAGUCCAAAAGAUCAAUGAAUACAUCGACACAAAGUCCGAUUUUCAUUUUUAUAAGUACCCGGGGGCUUUGUGGACUUAGUGGAAGCGCAAAUAAACAGGAAACUUGACCUUUGCCCGGAGGUUUUUUAUCUCGUUUUUGUGCAAAGAGUGGGAAUUUCAAUGUGUUUUGGGGAGAGCAAAGAUUAAUCAGGUCAUAAAUUGUAUUCGAAAAUAAUUUUGAAGCGCUUUCGGAUGAUAAAUUGUCUGGUUUUUUCAUUCAAAGGCUAAAAUAAGGUCGAAAAAUUGAUUCUUUCUCUCUUAACCGCCUUGAAAUGCCUUCAAGUCUCUAAUUCAACGCCAUUUCAGGUAUGUUGAGCUCUGCCGCUGGCGGUCGUGCUCUUCAGGGAAUGGGCCUCGCCCCCACCCCACCCCUUGGCAUGGGCGGCGACGAUCCCACGGACGCCUUCCUCAGUCUGAGCGCGCCGACCGCGCCCGUCCUGCCGAACGCCAGCCGCCUGAGCACCUGGGCCCCGCUGGAACAGCAGCCCGCGCAAGCGCACAGCCUCCAGCACAGCCUGCUGAACUCGUUGUACCAUCCCGGACUGGGUAGGUGGAUUUGCGAUUUUUGAGAUUCUUUGAAGUUUAGGUGAAAAGUGCAUACUGUCGAUGGGUAGUAGAAAGCAAUGGCUGUCGAAAAAUGCGAAAAGAAGUUUUGAGUCACUUCUAUAUUAAUCAUGGCCACCAAUUUAUUUUUGUCCCUAUUUUGAGCAAAAAAUCUCGAAAUUUAGCCAAAACUUCGCUUUUUCAAUAUUGCUAGUAAACAAUUUGACUACAAGAAGCAAGACCAUGACAAUUACUAUAUAUCCACUCCAAAAAAUCAUCAAAAUCCCAUCAUUUUGACACAUUUUCUGGACAUUUUCCGAAGCCCGCCUCAAUUUCUAAUCAUUUUGUAAAUUAUGCAAAUUUACCGAAAUACUCAAAUUAAAAAAUCUUAAUUUUACCACGUACACCUUCCUCACUAUCUACUCAUUACUUUAGGCACAACAUCGGACGUGUUCCACCUGGUGAAAUGCCCGAUUUGCCGCGAACAUUUCCGCGACCCCCGCGUGCUCGCCUGCUUUCACUCCUUCUGCAAGGAAUGCCUGGAACACCGUGAGCACCCGAAUGAUCGCGUGAUCAUGUGUCCACAGUGUCAUCAGGAGACGCAGUUGUCUCCCAACCUCGGGAUUGAUGGGCUGUUGAGCGACUAUGGGCUUCAGAACGCCGUGAAUCAGAGCAUCAUGGAGGCGGAGGGCAAGGCGCCGGGCCGUGCCGGCUCGUUGAGCUCGUCGCCGGGAAGCGACAGCGAUGAAUUGGUAAGAAUAUUACUCUAUUUUUAUGGCAAAAUAUAGUUUUAGGGGGGAAUUUCUAUUAGGUGACAUUUUAUACGAUGAAACAUGUACGGACAUGUUUCAUCGUAUAACUUGUCUGGAAAGCGUGAUUUUUCAAAAAUUUCUGCUGAAAGAUGAUAUAUGGCAGAAAAGAUCAUGCUAAACAUUUUUUUGUUAAAAAUUUGUUUGGUUUUUGAUUUUUGGCACUUUAAAAUUUUGAAUAUUUCGUCGUAUAACUUAUCGCCCGCGAUUUUUUUUAAUCCGCGAGAAUCUAAAUGCUCCGUAUUUUACAAAACCUUCUAUUUUUUGUAAAUCUAUCGCUAGUUGAGCGCAAAACGAUCAAAAACACGUUUCAUCGUAUAAAAUGUCGCUUGACCACAAUUUAUCAAAACUUUCGUUACAGCCCGGCUCCAACUUGCACGUGUGUACCGGCUGCAAGAGCGGCGACUUCGCGAAGGCCUUCUGCGGCGACUGCCGGCGCUUCCUGUGCCAGAACUGCACCCAGGCCCACACCACGAUGCACUGCUUCGACGGGCACCACGUGGAGAUCUUGAAGGUGGGCGCGCGCAGCACCCAAUGCAACUGUCUGGAGCAUCGGCAGCAGCCGUUGCAGUACUUUUGCAUCACCUGCAACUUCGCCAUCUGCCACGAGUGCACCAUGAAGGAGCAUCAGAACCACACGGUGGAGAAGAUUGACGACGUCGCCGAGGACCAAAUGCAACGCAUGGAGGACCUGAUCGCCGAGGCCACGAAGAAGCAGGCCAAUCUGCAUGAUGUUUUCCGGCUGAUCGACAGCUAUCAGACCAAGUUGACCAACUCCUUCCAGCAGGCCCAGAACAACAUUGACGAGUUCGCGAACAGCCUGAUUCUCGCCGUUCAGGAGGCGCGCAAAGUCCUCUACAAGGACUUGGAGACGACGUUCGCCUUCCGCCAACUGCAAAUCACCGUCAUCGACAAGGACGUGCAGAAGAUGACGAAACGGAUGUCGCAGACCAUCGAGUUCACGCAACGCCUUCUGAAGUACUGCAGCCCCACGGAGGUGAUGGUGUUCAAGCCGCUGGUGGACCAGCGGCUGCAGAACUUCCUCAACUUCAACAUCAACACCCAGCUCUCGCCCAACAAUGAGAUUGAGCCGCUGCAGGUGAACUCGCAGCAAGCCCGACAGGUGGGUCAUGGUGAAUAUAAAAAAUCGCGGUUUUUUCGGAUUUUCUGCAUCUGAUAUGUCGGAUAUCAAAUCUACAGUAAAUAUAGAGCUUUUGUUUUCUACUAUUUUCAUUUUGAAAAAUAAAAUGAAAACGAAAAGUCGAGAUUUUCCAAAAAAAAAGUUCUUUAGUCUUCUGCUUGCUUCGAAAUUCAAAAAAUCCCGUUUUCAGAUGAUCUACAACUGCCUGAUGAACUCGCGUCCCGAAUCCUGGCUUCCCAGCCAUUCCAUGCCUCCAGCAACUCAACGUCCACCCAGCGAUCAGCUCCGCUCCUCGCCCAAUGGCAACGAUUCCGCGUUGGGGUCGAGCUGCAACAACCUCGGCUUCGGCGUGGGCUCCAACUCCUCGUCCAGCUCGAGUAGCAACAACAACCGUCCCCUUACCUCCAGCCCUCUGUCGGCAUUGCAGCAGACCAACUUUAGUGCGCCGCAAACGUUUGGCGGCGCGUCAGCGCCAGCGCAAUCAUUUAUUAGCGCACUGGAGGGGAACAACGCGAUGAGUUUGUUCAACAACUACGAGAAAUGGAGCAGUGGGCUCGAACUGACCGCUGUGGCCAGUGCGUUGGAGUUGGGGAAUGGCUCAGCGCCCGCUGCGACCGGUGUGGCUGACUUGGAGGACAAGGUGACGGCCCUGUCCAUCUACCCGCCGCGCAGUCAGAUCAAGCGCCAGAAAAUGACCUAUCACUGCAAGUUUGGCGAGUUUGGCGUCAUGGAGGGCCAAUUCACCGAGCCGUCUGGUGUCGCGGUCUCCGCUCAGAACGACAUCAUCGUCGCCGACACCAACAACCAUCGGAUUCAGGUGUUCAACAAGGAGGGCCACUUCAAGUUCCAGUUCGGCGAGUGCGGCAAACGCGACGGCCAGCUGCUCUAUCCGAAUAGAGUGUCGGUGAACCGACAGACUGGCGAUUUCAUCGUCACCGAACGCAGUCCCACCCAUCAGAUCCAGGUCUACAAUCAGUACGGGCAUUUCUUGCGCAAGUUCGGCGCCAAUAUCCUCCAACACCCGCGAGGAGUGUGCGUCGACCAUCAGGGACGAAUUAUUGUGGUCGAGUGCAAGGUAGGGAUAAAUUGACUAAAAUUUAAUACCUAUUUAUCACAAAAAAAGUCCAAAAAUUUUACAAAAAAUCCAAAAAUUUUGAAAUUUCGCAGAUAAUCAACAACAAAAACAUGAUUUCUGAUGUCUAAAAUAAGUUUUUUUAUAAGCGACUCUUGCUUUUAUAAUACUUUUUAGCAUUAAAAAAUAUCAGUUUUGGCAUUUUCUCGCAGGUGGACUCGAACCUGCGACCUUUCGAUUUCCAGCCCACCUCACUACCCACUUGACCAAAAUGUCACAGGCUCUAAAAUAGGCCAAAAUUUUAAAAAAUUAAAAAUUUACCGAAAAUCCAGUAAAAUACGACAAGAAAGAAUUUUUAAAAUAUGAAUUAAGAUACAUAUGUGUCGCUAAAAUACGAUUUUUUUGCAGGUCAUGCGCGUCCUGAUCUUCGACAUGCACGGCAACAUCCUGCACAAAUUCAGCUGUUCCCGCUACCUCGAGUUCCCGAACGGCGUGUGCGCCAACGACAAGAACGAGAUCUUCAUCAGCGACAACCGCGCCCACUGCAUCAAGGUCUUCAACUAUGAAGGCCAGUACCUGCGCCAGAUCGGCGGCGAGGGCGUCACAAACUACCCGAUCGGCGUCGGAAUCAACGCGUUCGGCGAGGUCGUCGUGGCCGACAACCACAACAACUUCAAUCUGACCAUCUUCAAUCAGGUAUGAGAGGUUUUUUUGCGAUUUUUUUGGGGUUUUUUUGAGGAAAUUGGGAAAAAUACGAAAGAAAUAUGAAAAAUCUCAAAAUUUAAGGUCAAAUUGAGGUUGAAUUAGAAAAAUUUAGGUAAAAUAAGGUUCCUCAAAAAAUUUUUUGUUAUUGUAGCAACGAUAAAAUUCAAAAUUCCUAUGAAAAUAAUCAAAAAUUUUGAAAAAACGCCAGAUUUUUUCAAAAUUUCGCUGAUUUUUCAAAUUUUUCGCGGUUUUUCAUCAAAAAAAUCAAAUUUUCUACCGGAUUUUUUGCGUUGAAUUUAAAGACAUAGCUAGAAUAAAUGUUGUUUCCCAAUAAAAAUUCCAAAUUACUAAGAAACAGAGCUCAAAAAAUCGAAAUUUUGCAAAAAAACCGAAAAUUUCCAAGGUUUUUCGCAAUUUUUCGCGGAAAAAAUCAAUUUUUAGGCCAAAAUUUUUGCUGAAUUUGCUAAUACAGAUAAAAUAAAUACAGGGUGUACCAAAAAAAUGGAAACUUGUUUUUAUAGCUAUAUUUUUUCGGAGAAUCAAAAUUCAGCAAAAGUAACGGUCAUGAUUGGUAACAUAGAGCAUUGUUUAUAACAUGUUCAACCUGUUUCACAGUGGCUGCCUUUGGUGGCGAUAUAGAGCUCCAAACGUGACGUAAAAUUUUGGGGUCCGGGCCGCAGCUUUUUAAGGGGGAAAUCGGUCCCGUUCUUGGCGCAUCAUUUACUUUGCGACUCCAAACUUUUGUGGAGCAUAGUACAGGUGCUGGCCUUCUAUUUAAAAAAAUAUAUAGUCCAUUGGAUUCAGACCUGACGAGCAGGCGGCCAUUUCGCAGACGGGAUAAAAUCGGGAAAAUCGGUCCCAUUUCGGGUCCUGAGUUGAUUUUGCCUUGUGAGCCGGCGCUGAGUCCUGUUGAAACGCUAAGUUUGCAUUGCCAAGGUUCUUCUGAGCUCACGGAAGCACGCCAAAAUAGAAAUUAACGCGGCGCUUGUAUUUUGCCCCAUUGAUUCACGAAAAACAUGGAAUUCUUGCCGCUGGCACAAAUUCCGCCCUAAGCAAUGACGGCCCGGAUUUUGGCGGUAUUCGACGAUGCCCAACAGGCUAGGAGCCUCAUUGAAGCAGAUUCUAUCGUUCUGGUGGUUGUGGAUCCGCUAAAUAUUGAACCGCGAACUGAAUGCGCUCACGUCUCGGAGCUGCGGCCCGCCCCUUUGACUUUCCGACAUUUUUGCGCCGUACGCACUUCCUCUCGGCUUUAAAGAUCUGAAUUUUUUAGAGCUUGUAUGACAUGAGGUUGAGCUCGUCUUUGGCUAUUCGGCCGACCGAUCGGUCGCUGAUGUCAGUCUCAAGGGCAAGUUAUUCUUGAAAAUCGCCGAUUUUGCUGUUGAGGAUCUCCCGGUUGAAAGAAGCGCUGGCGGUGCGUUUUUCUUUAACUUCCUGGGCGCUUACUAUCCGUACCAAGCUCCUUGCGCCGCGUGAUUACUUUCGACACAACGUUCUUUCUAUACCGAGCAAAUUAACUGUUCGAACAGCUCCAAAAACAAGUCCAAAAUCAAGGUCCCUUCGUUUGAAGUCCAAAAAAACAGGUCGAUUAAUCGAUAUGGGCGUAAAAAUCAAAACACCAUGACAGAAAAACACAGAGAAUUUUGUGGUAAUAAACCUCUUUGGCUACACCUAACCAUUUUUGCGUCAGGACCCAUGAAAAAAAGUUUCCAUUUUUUUGGUACACCCUGUAUUCCGCUAUAAAACGGAACAAUUUUAAAGUGCAUUUCCAUAACAAUUUUAUUAGAAAUUUUCGAAAAAUCCCAUAUUUUUGAUGAUUUUUCGCCAUUUUUCCAAAUUUUUGCCAUUUUUCGUCAAAAAAAUCAAUUUUCAGUCCAAAAUUUUCGCUGGAUUUGAUAAUACAGAUAAAAUAAAUAUUCUGCUAUAAAACGGAACAAUUUUAAAGUUCAUUUUUAUUACAAUUUUACUAGAAAUUUUCAAAAAAUCCUAAAUUUUCCUCAAUUUUUCGCCAUUUUUCCAAAUUUUUCGCAAUUUUUCGUCGAAAUAAUCAAUUUUCAAUACAAAAUUUUUGCUGAAUUUGCUAAUACAGAUAAAAUAUAGACUCUGCUAUAAAAUGGAAGCCUUUUUAAGUACAUUUUUAUUACAAUUUCAAUAGAAAUUUUCGAAAAAUCCCAAAUUUUCCUCAAUUUUUCGCCAUUUUUCCAAAUUUUCGACUUUUCUCCCCAACUAACCGCCAAAUUGCAGAAUGGCGAGCUCCUGAACGCCAUGGAGAGCAAGGUGAAGCACGCGCAGUGCUUCGACGUGGCGCUGCUGGAGGACGGGUCGGUGGUUUUGGCGUCCAAAGACUACCGCCUCUACCUCUACCGCUACCAGUCCAACGCGAUCUGA